AUGGAUCCUUUUGACCCCGCUACCUUUAACGUAGAAGAAUUCCUUGCAUCUGAUGCACCGGAACUACCGGAUAUUAACUUGUUAGACUACCUCGAUCCGUUACCACAGGUUCAGGAAGAACAACCAGCAGCGUUGGAAGAAGAGGAAGAAGAGGUAGAAGAAGAAGAAGAAGCUCCCUUCUUUACAGGAAUCGAUGAUGUGCGAUUCAAAAUGGGAAACAUCCUACGGGAGAUUAACCGCAUGUAUGGGGAAAGAGGACUGGCGGUUGUAGAUGAGGUGUUGUUUGAUGUUCGUGGUGACAGGGCAUUGGAAGCGGCGGCAGAGCGAAUUCGAGGUGAGCUGCUGAAGAUGCCGGUGGUAGUCGCUGCAGGAAGAGGAGGAGGGUUAGACGAGGUAGCUGGGAGCUUGCUUCGCUGGCAUGGGUAUUGUGCGGCCGCUCCCAGUGGCCAAAAAUAUCUCUAUUGGGCGCAGCUGUUGAGGUUGGUGGAGGAAAACGUGCAAAACGGGAUGGAGGGGAUGCGCUGGGGUUCUCCGCUGGCUCUACGUCUUGGCUGGAAGAGGAGCAAUCCCAAUAAGUCCGAUUAUUACAAUAUUAUACUUCAACUACAACAGCUCCUUACGGCGUUUACAAUGGUUGGUGGAGCAGAAGAUGCCAAUGAUACGGUGUGGCAAGGAUGGCAAGACACCAUUCGUCAAGAUAGACACCUUGCGUUUAUGAAUACGGUGGAGUUUUAG